CAGCUAGUAGCUCGCGGCUGAAUCGUGACGCACAAACGCUGAGUUGCCUCAGUCCUCAGUCCAACGCCAUUCACCGUUGAAUGAAGACCUGCGCGUUUUCCUCUCUUCUAUCUGGUAUUGUUGUUUCGACUGAAACUCAAAUAUUAAUACUAUACUAUCUAAUAACUAAUAACUGUUUUCACUCGCUAAUAAUUUGCUAAAUCAAUACCAUUAUCGGUCAGUGAUUACAACUAUUAUUUUUUCUAUACAUUUUUUAGUUGGUUAGUUAAAUUAUUAUUUAUUGAGUGAAUUGUCAAAUGGCAUUUAUCUUAGUGAAGUGAUUAAUUAUUUGGUUAUUAAUUUGCAAUGUACAUAUCAAAGGCAUAAAUCAAAAAUUUUAUACACAAUUAUUCUGUUCGAAGUUAACAUACAAUGAACGGAGCAGCGUACGCUUCUUCCUGUCCAACAUUACAGUCAAAUCUGUCCCUUCACAGUUCGUCUUACUACAGUGAGUACGGUAAUACAAGUCAAAGAAGACGAUUGUCAUCAACAGGUGAAGCAGACACGUCAGCCACGUCGAGUUACGAAGGAAGUGAAGGCAGUUCAGAGAAUAACGAUGAAAAUCGGUUGGAACCAGUCACACAGCUUGAACGAGAACAGCUCGAAACUUUCUUUCGUGGAUUAAAAUCACAGGUAUUCGUUUGUGAAUCUCUGGCAAAUUUAUAUCUGGGUAAUGCAGCGCAAAGUGAACACUGGGAUCUUCGAUUUACCGGUAUUCCAGUGGUGGUUUUAGAUCUAGGUGAAACACGAUCUCGAUCGAAACGACGUAUACAAAUCUUACUUGCUGAAAGGGGUACUUGUUUCACUUUAUGGCGUGAAACUAUCGACAAUUUAUCGUCUUACAAGGUAUCUGGACCAGCUUUCCACACAAUGUGUUUAUCAUCCGAUCACACACGCUUAGCGGGAUUAAGUUUCGACAACUCAAAAGCCGCUAAUGAUCUCUGGCAGCAUAUUGAACGUCUCAUUUCUUGUCCGGAAAACAUAAGCCUCUCAGUGCCCGGCAAGAAGAAAAAGAAGAAACAGCCUCCGCAGAAGAAAUUUGUUUUACCCACGAAGAAUAACAUCAGUCAGCCUUGUCAGUUUCAACAUAUUACCAGUGUCGACGCCACCGACCGAUCGCGAUAUUUUUCUCUACAGACCCUCGUUCCUAAGUUGAAUCAUAUCGAACAUUCUAUUCAACCUUCUAUUUAAUUUAUUCUUUAUUUAUCUAUUAUUAAUUAUUAAUGAUCGUAAUCACUGACAAAUUCUAAUACCAAGCUCCAUAAUCUAAGAAAAAUUACUUUACAGUCUAUUAAGUUAAUUAACUAUCUACCACUAAAUUAUAAACAGAUUUUAUGCUUUAAGAAAUCAUUUUUCUUUUUUUAUGUUCUUUAUUUUGAAAUACAGUCUUUAAUUUUUAGA